UGUUUUCAACAUGUUUUUUGUCUUCCAUUCAGGACCUGAAAGGAAAGAUGCAGGAAGCGAUGACCCAGGAGGUUUCUGAUAUCUUCAGUGACACAACAACCCCCAUCAAAUUACUGGCGGUGGCUGCCACUGCCCCUCUGGAUGCCCCCAACAGAGAUGAGGUCUUUGAUGAAAGAGCUGCCAACUUUGAGAAUCAUGCCAACAGGCUGGGUGCCACAGCAGAGAAGGCUGCCGCUGUCGGCACAGCGAACAAGAGCACCGUGGAGGGAAUCCAGGCUGCCGUCAAGUCAACAAGAGACUUGAUGCCACAAGUAUGUGAUAGUUGAGUGUUUGUCUGCUUC